AUGGCCGUUGGAAUGUGGCUAUUGCAAACAACUACGGAUUUCCUCCCUCUACCUAAGUCAAGGGCUGCUAACACUUCUACUAAUGGAAUGGGUCAAUUUCUUACAACAAAUAGUGGGCUGGACACCGAAUCAGGUGGGUCUUCUUCAUUUCCUCCUGUUGGUUACAUAGGGGGCAUUCCAAACUCAGCAACGGCUUCGAUUCUUGGCCAGUCGGGUAUGUCGGAGAGUGUCACUGUCCACUGUUUCUCCUUUGUUCGAGCUUUAAGUUCGUUGCAUCUUGAGGUCGUGAAUUCUCUCUUGAUUAAGGUCCUUAUUGUGUGGAUGGAAAUCAGCCAGGCCAUGCAUUGGAAAAUUGGUGUCUCCUUCUAA